AAUUUUAAAAAACAGAAUAAUCCAUGACAACGGCUAUAACGAAGUGGAAAGGCUAGAACGGAGACAGGCAAUAUAUAGAAACAUAUUAAGCGGAGUGGAAUCAUUAAUAAUAGCAAUGCAGAAAAUGGAAUUGAGAUAUUCUACAAAGGAAAUAGAGGAUUGUGCCGAUAGAGUGACUGAAAUAAUUAAACGGAACGACGAGAAGAUUAAACUUCAUCCAGAAUUGAAAAAUGCCAUUGCAAAUAUUUGGGCAGAUCCAAUUAUUCAAAAGGAAAUAGCUCCUAGAGGGAAUGAAUUCAAUUUUAACGAGAGCUGUCCUUAG